CUUUGAUUAAUUAAAAGUAAAGAAAAGCACAACAACAAAACACAAAAGCAGCUCAAUGCCGAGGAGCGCCAAGCAACUCUUCGUGGACUUUUUGUGCGUUAGCCUUGUUCGCCCGUUUGCCAAGGACACCAUUCAAUAAACAACAACGCGAACAAAGAGCAAACACAAAUACAAAAGAGCAAAAAACAGAAAAAAAAAAAAAAACAAAGAACUUAAUCAAAUUUCCAGCAAAUCAUCGAAAUGGAAUUGAGCAUCGGAAUUGCCAAGCAUUUAGCGAGCUAUAACAACAGCAGCAGCAACAUCAACAGCAGCAGCAGCAACAUCAACAGAAACGGCAACAGCAACAACAACUGCAUCAGCAAUAGCAGCCAGAUCACUAUUCGAAGUUGUUCGAAAACUGAGUUGAGCCAUUGCUGCAACAAAAACAACGACAAACAUCAACUGAAUACCAAAAGCGACAACAGCAGCAGCAACAGCAGCUACAAUAACAACAGCAACAACAACUACUACUAAGUCGGCAAUAGUAACUGCAACAAUCAACAAACCGGCAGGAA